CACAAUAGUAUCUAGUUCGUCAUGAAGCAUUUUCAAAUUUUGAUGCUAUAUUUUGCCCUGCAUUGCUCAAAUGCAGCCGAUUUGGAAUGGUGGCAAGGUGGAAAUUUUUAUCAAAUCUACCCACGAUCCUUUAAAGACAGCAACAAUGAUGGUUUAGGAGAUUUAUUAGGAAUCGCAUCAAAAGUGCCAUACUUAGCUGAAAUUGGAAUGGACGGUGUUUGGUUAUCACCAAUUAUGGAUUCUCCACAAGCUGAUUAUGGAUAUGAUAUAUCAAACUACAGGGAUAUCAGCAAGGAAUAUGGAAAUUUAUCUGAUUUUGAUGUAUUGGCACAAGCAUGUAAAGCAAACAAUAUCAAAUUAAUUCUCGAUUUAGUUCCAAAUCACUCAUCCAAUAAGCAUGAAUGGUUUACAAAAUCAGAGAAUCGUGAACCAGGCUAUGAAAAUUAUUAUGUAUGGCAUCCAGGAACUUUUGAUCCAGUAACUGGUCAGCAUAUCCCACCCAACAAUUGGGUCAGUGUUUUCCGAUUCUCAGGAUGGAAAUGGUCACCAAUACGCAAGCAAUUUUACUAUCAUGCGUUUUUGUAUCAACAGCCAGACUUGAACUAUCGUAAUCGAAGAGUUGUGCAGGAGAUGAAGGACGUUAUUACUUUUUGGUUGGGUAAAGGUGUAAGCGGCUACAGGAUUGACGCUGUCCCAUUCAUGUUUGAGGUUGAAGCUGAUGCAAAAGGAAAUUUCCCAAAUGAACCACUUACAGGUGCUACAUGCACAAAUCCAGAUGAUUACUGCCAUACACAACAUGUCUUUACGAAUGACAGAAGUGAAACUUAUGACAUGAUCUUCCAAUGGCGUGCAUUAAUGGAUGAGUAUGCACAGAGUACUGAUAAAGUUCCUCGAAUCAUUAUGACUGAAGCUUACACAUCACUUGACAAUAUGAUAAGAUUUUAUGGAGAAAAUGGCAGAAAGGGUAGCCACAUUCCAUUUAAUUUCGAGCUUAUUAGUAAUGUCAAUACUGAAAGUACAGCUAGUGACUACUUUACAAGAAUUAAUAAUUGGUUGUCAAGAGUUCCCGAAGGCAGUCAAGCUAAUUGGGUCCUCGGCAAUCACGAUCAAUGGAGAAUGGCAACAAGACUCGGUGUCGAACGUACAGACUUAUUAAAUAUCUUACUCCAAACCCUUCCUGGCGUAGCUAUUACAUACCAAGGUGAAGAACUAGGAUUACUCAAUACUCAUCUAACAUGGGAGGAAACAGUUGAUCCAAGUGCAUGCAACACACAAGAUCCAGUUAAUUAUGAGAAAGCAUCACGUGAUGGCUGCAGGACACCAUUCCCAUGGGAUGACUCAACAAAUGCAGGAUUUAAUGAAGGAAAAACACCAUGGCUGCCAGUCAAUACUGACUAUACAACAAUGAAUGUACAAGCACAGAAGGAUGCAAGCAAUAGUCAUUUGAAAAUUUUCAUAAAAUUAACAAAACUGAGGAAGCAAAAUGUCUUGAGACAAGGAACACAUGAGCUGAAAUUGAUAAAUAAUGAAAAUGUAAUUAUCAACCUUCGAUCGUAUGGAAAUGAUGUUGCAGUUGUUAUUAUGAACUUUGGGGAUUCAUCUCAAACUGUUAAUGUAAUUGAAGCAUAUCCUGAUAAGACUUUGCCUGCUGAAUUGCCCAUAUAUACUGCAUCCUUAUUAACAUUUACAGAAGGUGGGAAUCAGACGUUGAGUAGUGUUACUGUUGCAGCUAAUAAAGCUGUAGUUUUGACCAAUGUUGUAGUGGCAUAAAUUUUUGAAAUGUGAUUAAAAUUUGCUGACAAAAUUUUGUAAUGGAUGUGCUUAGAACUUAAUUUGUAGAUUUUUGAUUUAAUUGAGAUUGGUGAAUAA